ACGUCCUCGUCUGCCCUAACGCACCAGCACGACACCGAGCUGGCCCUCGCCGAGCUGGAGCUGCUGGGGCAGAACCAGCGCAAGCUCGGGAGCCUCACGAACCGCAUGACGGCCAUCCUCUCGGGCUUUGAUCGGCGGCUGAUCAAGCUCGAGAGCACCAUGCUGCCCAUCCACCGGAGCACGCAGACGCUGCUCCGAAUCCAGGAAAACGUCGACGAGGUCCUCGACUCGCUCGACAAGACGCUGGGCCACUACGACGUUGUGCAGGACGAGGAGCCACUGAUCAUGCAAGGAGCAUCGGUGCGCGACCCGGGGCCAUACCUCGAGACAAUCGAGCGGGUCCAGCGCGGGCUCGACUACCUGUCCAAGUCGGACCUCAAGUCGCAGCAAAAGGUUAUGACGCGAAUGCACGACCUCAUCGAGACGGGCAGCCGCAAUGUAUGCUCCGUCAUCAAGGACUGGGUCAAUGCCGAAUCGCAGGACAUUCUCGACCCAGCAGACUACCUGCCCAGGGGUAUUGCCCUGCCCGUCCUGUCCGAAGCGACGCUGGAGCACGUCGUGCCGCUCCUGUCCUUUCUCAAGACGCUGCCUACGCAUCCCAAGACGCACCACGCGCCCUUUUCCUCGGCCCUGGCCGCUUACGCCGAGAUUCGAUCGACGUAUGUGGAAAACUGCCUGGCGCCCAGCAACAGGAGAGUCGUUGCCUAUGCGCAGGAGCGUGUGGGUGUCAGUGCCGGAGCGGCAGGGCGUGCGGGCAUGGCAGCCGCCUGGGACGACGACGAGGACGUGGGCUACGCGCGAGGCAACGCCGGCCUGGGCGAGUGGAUCUCAUCGACGCUAGACAUGGCAGAAAACGAGUAUGGAGUCGUGUCAUCGCUCCUCAACUCGCUCGACCCCCCUUCGUCAGUGUCGACGAUCCAGUCGACGUUUGCCAGGCUGCUGCGUGCGCCCCUCCGUGAUUUCCAACAGACGGUCCAGGCGCUACAUCAGGAGGUACGGCGGCACAUGAGCCUCUCGACUUCGCAUACAUUCUUUGCCUUUGACAUUGUUGCUGCGCUCAACAUUGCCGCGCCGAGAUGGGAGAGCAUCGUCGUCAAUGGCUGCGCAGGACACACCGGCGGCGGGAGCGAAGAAAAGGCAACGAAUGCCAAUGCGCUUCCUGAAGCCCUGCAAGCCGUGAGGGGCACGGCGAUGCAGGUCUUUCCCACGUUUAUCCAGAGCGUCAAUGCAAUGCCCCAGCAGCGCGAGGGCGAGGUGCCCAGCACAACGAUCAACGAGAUCACCUACUCCUCGCUCAACUUCAUGCGCCGGUUGUGCGAGUACCACGACGUGGUGGCGCCCCUCCUGACGACGCUGGGCGCAGGCAACUGGAUGAUGGGCCAGGGCGGUGCGCCCGUGCUCUCGCUGGGUCUCGACUCAGAGGAGGAGAACAUCGUGUCGCAGUACCUCUGCGAUGUCCUGGCCACCUGUCUCAAUGCGCUUGAAGCGAGGUCGAGGGCGAUCCGACAGCCGUCGACGGCCAGCAUCUUUCUCAUCAAUAACAUUGGUCACCUGCAGCGCGAGCUUGCCCCCAGUGGACGAGAAGGCUCGCUGGGGUCCGCAAGUCAGCACCACCUGGCCAUGUACCUGGGCAGCAUGGGCCAAGAGCUUCCAGGCGGGGCGAUGCGACAGGCCAACAAGGCCUACCUCGACGCUUGGAGCCCCGUGGCAGGCGCUCUCAUGGAGGACGGUGCCUCGUCUGCACUGGGGCCAGGUGCCGCAUCAUCGAUGCCGAGCAGCCGGAGCGCGAGCUCCAAGAUUACUGCCAUGGGCGGCAACAAUGAGAAGAAUGCCGUCAAGGACCGCUUUGCCAAAUUCUACGACAGCCUCGAUGAUCUCGAGAGACUUCAUCGAGCCUACCCGAUUGCGAGAGAGGACCCGCAGCUAAGAGAGCGGCUCAGAAACGACGUUGUUCGGCUCGUCUGUCCCCUCUAUGCGAGAUUCGUCGCAAAGCACCGCGCCGGCGACUUCAGCAAAAACCCUCAGAAGCACAUCCGCAUGACGGAGCAGGAGGUCGAGGAUCGCAUCUCAAGCCUCUUCAAGUAG